CACGAUAGAACUCUCACGAAUGAUCCGGAUUUUAUCCACGUCGCGCUAUAAAUGUACUCCAGCCCUCCUUUUCUCAAACCAUCAGCAGCAAAACACGAGUUCGGCAACUGUCAAUCUUUCUCUACAGGAGUUGCAAAUUCUUGCUUCCCAAACAACGCUAGGAAAAUGUCGCUUCUUCCACACUUCUUCGGUGGCCGCCGAUCCAACGUUUUCGAUCCGUUCUCUCUCGACGUGUGGGAUCCUUUCGAGGGAUGGCCCUUCAACGGCAACAACGGACCACUCUCCCAUCACACGAGGGCGGGUUUCUCAGGUGAGACGGCGUCGUUCGCACACGCUAACAUCGACUGGAAGGAGACUCCUGCCGCUCACGUGUUCAAGGCUGACGUCCCUGGGCUGAAGAAGGAGGAGGUGAAGGUGGAGGUUGAAGACGGGCGGGUUCUUCAGAUCAGCGGCGAGAGAAACCGCGAGCUGGAAGACAAAGGCAACACGUGGCACCGCGUGGAGCGCAGCAGCGGUAAGUUCAUGCGGCGAUUCCGUCUGCCGGAGAAUGCUAUGGUCGAUAAGAUGAAGGCGGCUAUGGAGAAUGGCGUACUGACUGUGACUGUGCCCAAAGUCGAAGAAAGGAAGGCUGAUGUGAAAUCCAUCGAGAUUUCUGGUUGAGUUUCUCAUGUUAUAAAUACAAGUAAUUGUUAAUCUUAUCCAUCUUAAGUACUUGUUGUUUCCUGGUCAGCAUUUUGUAGUUGUUGCCUUGUUGGUUUAGGGUUUGACAUUGGUGGUAAUGUGUUUCUGUAAUGGAUGAGAGUAUGGCUGUUUGUCUGUUCAAUCUGCUUUGGCAUGUAAAUUUGUUAUCUAUAUAUAAAAUAAGUUUCUAA